AUGUCCCGCCAUACACUAUCGAGGCUACCAGAAGGCGUGGCUCAUGUUUUUCGAAUAUACCAGAAUGUGGGGUCGGCGUUUUCCCCGCUUCAAAAUAACGAAACCGCCCAAUACUUGCACCUAGGCGAAUCUCGCUUUCAUAUGCUAAAUAGAGCGAAGCUCAGCGGAUCUUUGAAUACCAGCGGCCCUGUCUUUGACUCGGCCAACUUCACUCCCAUAAUGUCGCAGAUCCUUGCUCCAGUUUUCGACGGGCCCCUUCGACUAGAAGACGACGACAUUUCUGUCGAGAAUAUCACCCAGUCUUCAUCGCAAAGUCCCAUAGUCAGUGAACGUCACAGAUCGAUACGACACUUUACAGACUACCAGGCUAAGGUUCUCCUGACAUUUGCAUCUGCAUUUUCUCCGUAUUCAGUCCUUCCUCGGGCAAAUUCAUCCUUCAAAUCUUUUGUAUGGUAUCAGAGGCUUCUUCUCAACUCGCCCAUUAUAUUCUUUUUGAAACAGAGGCAAACACUCCUAUCCGAGUCCAGUGUGUUGUUCCGUAACCACGCGUUGGAGCAGCUAAAAAGCUCUAUUUCGGCCAUAUCUGCGCCAUAUAAUACCUCAGUUCAGAGAGAUCAGAGAAUAAGGAAUUAUCAUCUAACAGACUUGGUGUCAACUGACAUUUUCAAGCUUGCAACUUUGGCGGAGAGUAAACGAAGGAUGCCCUUGGAGGAGCUAUCAAGCGGCUCAUUUUGGGAAAACUUUCCGCUGGACAAUAGACUAAGUCAGGAACUAUUGAACGCCCAGAAACCUGUUCUAGUGGACGCAAACAAUAUAUCCCAGUCUCCUGCGGUUCUUAAUGAUAUUCCCAAUCGGUUCCCCAUGAGAAAAAUACUUCGAGAAAUUGAAUCGAUAGAAAGUAUUGAUCAGAUAAAGAGCGUUUUUCCUUUUGACAUGGUUUACAAUGACAUCUAUAUCCUCACUAUUGAACAUCCUAUCUUGCAGGAGAACCAUUCACCAGUUAUUGAGCUUUUGGAAAAGCUGAAAGAUUUUGAAGUGAUUGCUGUACGUGUGUCCUCACAGAUUUCAGAUAUGCGGGAUUCUGUCAUCGGAGAAGAAAGUUCCAUUGAAGAGCCUACUGCUAAAUUCGAUGCCACAUAUGAGGAACUAUUACAGUGGGCAGAAGAGAAGCACAAUCAAGACAAUCAAAGAGUGUCGGGUAUCAUUCCUGUUCUUCAAAAGUUGGGACAAUGGGGUUUUGUAAAAGUCGAAGAAGGUGCUUUGGGAUUCACAUUAUUCAAGUAG